CCCCUUACAAACUACUAGCUGGCAUCCUCGACUUCACAUCAAAAUUCUCCUCUCCACUCCCUCCGACCUAUCUCAUUACACCUUUUCCUCCUAGGAAGUUCCUCAUAUCAGCUUCACGGGUCGGCAAGAUGAUGUCGAGGAACGUCUUGCGCCAGUCUGGCCGCAUUGCUGGCGCCCUAUCUGCUUCGGGCAGAAUAGCUGCGUCCCGGGUCGUCACCCCUGCGCCUCUCAAUGCUGCCUCAAAACAAGUCCGAUCAUACGCUGCUGACGCCAAAGCCUCCCCUACCGAAGUUUCCUCCAUCCUUGAGCAACGAAUCCGUGGUGUGCAAGAGGAAGCAGGCCUUGCCGAGACCGGUCGCGUUCUGUCCGUCGGUGAUGGUAUUGCCCGUGUGCAUGGCAUGAGCAAUGUCCAGGCUGAGGAGCUGGUCGAGUUUGCCUCCGGUGUCAAGGGAAUGUGCAUGAACUUGGAAGCCGGCCAAGUCGGUGUUGUGCUUUUCGGUUCGGAUCGUCUUGUCAAAGAAGGAGAAACCGUUAAGCGGACUGGCCAGAUUGUUGAUGUUCCCGUCGGCGAGGCUAUGCUUGGUCGCGUUGUUGACGCUCUUGGUCAACCGAUCGAUGGAAAAGGACCAAUCAAAACCACCGAGAGGCGUCGUGCUCAACUGAAGGCUCCUGGUAUUCUUCCCCGACGAUCCGUCAAUCAGCCUGUCCAGACCGGUCUCAAAUCUGUCGACGCAAUGGUGCCCAUCGGCCGUGGUCAGCGUGAAUUGAUCAUCGGUGAUCGUCAAACCGGAAAAACCGCCGUCGCUCUGGACGCCAUGUUGAACCAGAAGAGAUGGAACAAUGGCAAUGACGAGACCAAGAAGCUCUACUGUGUCUACGUGGCUGUCGGUCAGAAGCGAUCCACUGUUGCCCAGCUUGUCAAGACUUUGGAGGAAAACGAUGCCAUGAAGUAUUGCAUCGUCGUCGCUGCUACCGCCUCCGAAGCGGCGCCUUUGCAGUACCUCGCUCCAUUCACUGGGACAUCUAUUGGCGAGUGGUUUAGGGAUAAUGGCAAGCAUGCUCUCUUAAUCCACGACGACCUGUCGAAACAGGCGGUUGCAUACCGUCAGAUGUCGCUGUUGCUCCGUCGCCCUCCUGGGCGUGAGGCGUACCCGGGCGAUGUUUUCUACCUCCACUCCCGACUUCUGGAACGAGCGGCCAAGAUGAACGACAAGCAUGGCGGAGGCUCGCUGACCGCUCUCCCGAUCAUUGAGACGCAGGGUGGUGAUGUGUCUGCCUACAUUCCUACGAACGUCAUUUCCAUCACGGACGGCCAGAUUUUCUUGGAAGCUGAACUGUUCUACAAGGGUGUUCGACCUGCCAUUAAUGUCGGUCUCUCUGUCUCGCGUGUGGGCUCUGCUGCACAGCUCAAGGCCAUGAAACAAGUUGCCGGUUCCUUGAAACUCUUCUUGGCUCAAUACCGAGAAGUGGCAGCCUUCGCGCAAUUCGGUUCCGAUCUCGACGCCGCCACCAAGCAGACGCUCAGCCGUGGCGAACGAUUGACAGAACUCUUGAAGCAGAAGCAAUAUAGCCCCAUGGCUGUCAAUGAAAUGGUUCCUCUCAUCUAUGCCGGUGUCAACGGCCACCUGGACAGCGUCCCAGUCAGCAAGAUCUUGCAAUGGGAAGCCGACUUCCUUGCGCACUUGAAGAGCGAUCAAGCUGACCUUCUGGCAACAAUUGACAAGGAGGGCCAAUUGAGCAAAGAUCUCGAGCAACGAUUGAAAGAGGUGAUCGUGAACUUUACCAAGAAUUUCUCAUAGGUAAGCAGUCCCGACAAGCCCAGUGCGCAGCAGAAUUGCUCACUCUUCGCAGAGGUGCGGUGAGAAACUUUGAAAUGCUUGUACAAUGUUCUGGCUUGGUCAAAACUGGACGACAGACACCACUCGAGUUGAGACACAAAAAUGGUCGAUUGCAAGCUUGAUGCAACUGCCAGUCAAAGGAGGCAAAGUGUCUCAUUGUAAUUAGAUACAUAACAGUCCUCAAUCAAUUCCAUUUGUGCUUUAGGUUGUCUCGGCAGUUGUCACAGCGUUUCAGUUCUUCGGUGGUGAGACAGACCUUAUGCGAUUCUUCGAACCUUCCAGUCCUACUAAGACCGCAUACUGCGCAUAAUGCCAGGUAUCGAGCAUCUAUAUUCAUAUGCCGUCAUGCUAUGCCUCUCCUCGUCUAGAAUUGACAUACAGGGCGAGCUGAUGUCAAAAAAACGAGUGGCAUAUUUUGAGAAGGAAAGGCCAAUGGUGGUUACUCUGACUUUAUUCGCUCAGAGGCAAUCGUCACUUACAAAGCUACAUCUGAUCUGACGACCACCUCGUCGCCAUUCACA